GUGAGUCAUUGAAGAAUUACAAAACGCAAAAAGAUUAUAUUGUAUUAUUAGGGAUAUUCGGCCCCCUUUCCCAUAAUUUCCGGUUUAAGCUAACAAGCUUUCUCACAAAUUGUUUCCUGGAUUGACGGGAAAAAAUAUACAUAGUUUUUCGCAUUUUAUAAUUGUUCAAUGCCUUCGAAAACGUCAUGUCAUUUAACAUUGAGAAAAUGAGUAUAGUUUAUAAAAAUCACAAGAAAAUUAUUGCUCAUUCACGAAACUUCAUGAAGCACGAAAUAAUGAUGAAUUAUUAACGUGUAAAUUAUUUAUAUUUUUUCGGGUCAACCCGAUCAAAAAUUUGUGAUAAAACUGAAAAAAAAAACCGAUAAUUUUGGCUGAAAAGGGGCAGAACAUCUCCAUCCCCCAGAACAAGCUAAGCUACCCCAUUUUAACCGCUUCGCUAGAAAAUUUGUAUUCGUUUUUAAUUUGUUUACUGUAAUUUGUAAUUCAGAGAUGGAGUGAAGAUUUGUAAAAAAAAAAAAGUGAAAAAUGGUGGAAUGCCAGGAGUUUAUCGAGUACGUCUAUGCGGUUUAAACGUUCGGUUUAAUUUCUUCCAUUCCCCGAUCUAUCGACGACUGCGCGUAAAAGCUGCUGGAGUUGAACAUGUUGAACACUCCGAACAGUUGGAACAGAAACCUCCAGUGAUGGCUGCCGCGGGGCCAAAGAUGCGCGACACACCGAAGCUCCCAUUGCCUUAUUUAUCGUGAAUAUUCAUUAAUCAAUUCAACCAUUCAAUUCAAGGAUCAUCACAAAAGUAAAUAGAAAUGGCGGAGGAUAGAGCUGCCAGUUCAGGCAGCACCAGCAGUGGUGAAGCUAGCAGGCUCCAGUUACUCCAAGAGAUGCGUCAGCAAAAUUUUGAUAGCAUCAGAUUUGCAUCCUACAGAACUGCGUGCAAACUGCGAUUUAUACAGAAAAAAGUUCACCUGCACAACGUUGACAUAUGGAACGUGAUCGAGGCUUUCAGGGAAAAUGGUCUCAACACACUGGAGCCGUCUAGUACACUCGGCGUAUCGCGACUUGAAACUUUACUGUCUUCCCUAUUUCACGCUCUUAAUAAGCGAGUACCUGUGUCACAACAGUGUAAAGUUGAUUCAAUCACUGCAUUGCUCAUGAAUUGGCUUCUUGCUGCUUAUACCAGCGGAUGAUUCACUGGAGGUUUUCUGAAUACUUGAAAGAAGUUUUAUCUCUAACGGCAGCUGUCUAUGAAACGCCGUCCUUUCCGUACUCUGAGGGUCUAGCCGCCACGAUAUUUCCACCGAGUUCCAAAGUUACUGUUAACGAUUUCCUCGACACGCUAUUGUCGGAUCCUGGGCCUCACUGUCUCAUUUGGCUGCCACUUUACCACAGAAUGGCCGCCGUUGAAUCGGUGACCCAUCCCAUAAUGUGUGACGCCUGUCACAAGGAUAAUUUCACUGGUUUUCGUUAUCGUUGCCAAAAGUGUCACUCUUAUCAACUGUGCCAGGACUGCUUUUGGCGUGGGAAAGUAUCCGGCGGGCAUAAUAAUGAUCACGAGACCAGAGAGUACAGUAGUUUCAAAUCCCCAUCUAAGCAAAUCGGUCACUCCCUUCGUAAGAGCUUCAGAUGCGUCCCAGAGAAGGGAAAAAACAGUCUUCCAAGAUUUCCAGAGCAGCCGGAGAAAACUCUGGACCUAUCCCACAUAGUGCCCCCGUCACCUCUACCAUCACACAACGGCUUUCCAGAUCCCGGGUUUAUGGCUGCCUUUGACGCCGGUUCAAUGGACAGUCGUUCAACACUCAAAAGUCUUGAUAGUUCCAGAGUUGAUGACGAACAUAAAUUAAUCGCCAGAUAUGCACAGAGACUGGCACAAGAGGCAAGAACUGUGCCGCGUGCAUCGUCGAGAAUAUCCCAGGGCGACCAAUCGCAGGGGCGAGUGCCAUCAGACGCAAACUUGGCUUCUCUGGACGCAUCACGAGCUCAGCGUGAACUCAUUUCACAGCUCGAGGCGAAAAACAAGGAAAUCAUGAGGGAGAUUGCAAGGUUAAGAAGGCAGCAGGAGAUGGAGGCUGCAGAGAUUCAGGACCCUGCGCUCCUGUCGGAGCUCAGGGCCUUGAGAAUGAGAAAGGAUGAGCUCGAGACGCAUUUAACGACUCUUCAGGACUCUAGAAGACAGCUCAUGGCACAACUCGAGGGAUUGAUGAAGACUUUGAAGGUAAAUAUUCGUAAAGCAAGAGCAGAGAGUAAAGAAAAUCAAGUGAAUGAAGACGUACGAAAGAUUGUUGAAAUGCUUACUGCAAUAAAUAAUUCACUUGAAACGUAUGUCAUGGAUGAUUUUCAUUAUAAAUCUUUCGUUGUCUUGAUUUUUUGUUCUUUUCGUUAUUUGGUGCUUCUUCGCGCAAAGAAAAUAGAGAUUUUCGAUGUCAGGUCUGCGUUCAGGACAAACAGUCUACCUGGCAGUGGAUCAAGCAGUGCAAACAAUAGUUUGGGAAGAUCGUUGAGAAAUGAUCUACUAGUUGCUGCUGACAGUGUCACCAAUGCCAUGUCAACUCUGGUCCGAGAGCUUAAUUCAGACUCAGACCAGGAGGAGCAAUCUCACAGCACUGGCCGACGUAUCAUCCGAAAACCUCUUGACUUCGAAGCUGGUGAGGAUGGUGAUGACUCGAGUGGAGGUGGAAAUUCAUGGCGAGAGGAGUUGCAACGGAGAUAUCAGCAGGACAGUGAUUUUCUGGCUGAAUUGAGGGCUAGGAAUUCAAGUGUCUCCCAGACACCAUCAGCAACACCAUCCAGUGAACAGGAGCAAGAGCGAGGGGAACGAGAGGAAGCAGAGGGUGAAAAAGAGACAGACGCCGAGACCGAAUGGGCAGAGGCUGUUAAAAGAUGGGUUAAUCGAUAAAGUCCAAAAACCACCAAGAAGUCGGAUGUCAAAAGAUCACACAAAAAUAUUAGAACCUGAAUUACGAUUUAAAAGUCGUAAAUUACGCGGUUUUGUAUUAUUCAUUACAAUUUCAAAUGCGCAAAUUACGAUUUAAUUUCGUAAUUUAUGCCUCACAACGCGUAU